GCAGGAGCCGCCGGGCUGCAACCUCACUGCCCUGCACGGUCAGCACCUCCCCAUCCCUUCCCACGGGACCUUGCUCCUGCCUUGCACAGAUCCUGAGGGCUCGGGGCCCAGCUGACCGGCCACAGAGAAUCCCAGGACAUCCCCACCACCACGCAGCUGCUUCCAUCCACUGGAGCAGGGCUGAGCCUGGGAGCACCAGGAUGGAGCAUCCCCAGCCCCCCAGUCUCGGCAUCCCUAGGACCACGAGGCCCAGGAGACCUGUGGACAAGGGAUGGCCGACCCCCACCCCCUGAGUUCGUGGGGCCCAGCGGAGGGGCUGCCGUGGGCUGGACAUCCCGCCCGCUGCAGGUCACAAAUGAGGACACCACCGCACCAGCAGCUUAGGCGGCCUGCCCAGCGUCACACAGCUGCUCCUGGCAGCAAUCCCGGACUCCAUGAGGAAGCAGGAGGUGCGGACGAGUGGGGAGGCAGGCCAGGGCUGAGGCCCCGGCUCCCCGGCAGGGCAGGUGAAAGCCCUCAUGGACCUGCUGGCUGGGAAGAGCAGUCAGGGCUCCCAGGCCCCACAGACUGCAGACAGGACGCCACACAGUGACGACUCAAGGAUACAGAAGUGCCAGGAGGCUCUGCUGAACAGGGCGAAGGGCAGCCCAGAGCUGAGCAGCCCCUCGCCCAGGCUGACCAACCUCCUGCUGGUGGAGGGGCUCACAGACUUGCAGCUGAAGGAACAUGACUUCACGCAGGUGGAGACCACACGUGGGGGCUGGCACCCGGCCAAGAUCAUCGCCCUGGACAGACUCUUCCUGCCUCUAUCUCGAGUGUCUAUCCCACCCCGAAUCUCCAUCACCAUCGGGGUAGCUGGCGUGGGCAAAACCACCCUGGUGAGGAACUUUGUCCACCUCUGGGCCCAGGGACAGGUGGGCAAGGACUUCUCUCUGGUGCUACCUUUGACCUUCCGAGAUCUCAACACCCACGAGAAGCUGUCUGCAGACAGACUCAUCCGCUCCGUCUUCCCGCACACUGGGGAGUCUGGCCUGGUGGCAGCAGCCCUCCCCAAAAUCCUCCUGAUCCUGGAUGGCCUGGACGAAUGUAAGACGCCUCUGGACUUCUCCAACACUGUGGCAUGCACAGACCCCAAGAAGGAGAUCCAGGUGGACCAUCUGAUCACCAACAUCAUCCGAGGCAACCUCUUCCCAGAAGUUUCUGUCUGGGUCACUUCCCGCCCCGGCGUGGCUGGCCAGAUCCCGGGGGGCCUGGUGGACCGGAUGACAGAGAUCCGGGGCUUUACUGAGGAAGAGAUCAAGGUGUGUCUGGAGGAGAUGUUCCCCGAGGACCACACCCUCUCAGACUGGGUCCUGAGGCAGGUGCAGGCCGAUAGGGCCCUGUACCUGAUGUGCACGGUCCCGGCCUUCUGCCGGCUCGCAGGGUCGGCACUGGGUCACUUGAGCCGCAGCAAGCUGGGGCCCCAGGAUGCAGAGCCGUGGACUCCAAGGACCCUGUGCGAGCUCUACUCUUGGUACUUCAGGAUGGCCCUUGGUGGGGACGGGCAGGAGAAGGGCAAGGCGAGCCCUCGCAUCGAGCAGGUGGCCCACAGCAGCCGCAAGAUGGUGGGAACUCUGGGUCGGCUGGCCUUCCAUGGGCUGGUCAGGAGGAAGUACGUGUUCUACGAGCAGGACCUGAAGGCGUUUGGCGUGGAUCUCGCCCUGCUGCAGAGCGCCCUGUGCGGCUGCUUCCUGCGGCGGGAAGAGACCCUGGCCUCCUCGACAGCCUACUGCUUCACCCACCUGUCCCUGCAGGAGUUCGUGGCGGCCGCGUACUAUUACAGUGCGUCCAAGAGGGCCAUCUUUGACCUCUUCACUGAGGGUGGCGUGUCCUGGCCCCGCCUCGGCUUCCUCACCCAUUUCCGGAGUGCGGCCCAGAGGGCCAUGCAGGCCGAGGACGGGCGGCUGGAUGUGUUCUUGCGCUUCCUCUCAGGACUUCUGUCUCCGAAGGUCAACGCCCUGCUGGCGGGCUCCCUGCUGGCCCAGGGGGAGCACCAGGGCUACCGGGCCCAGGUGGCUGAGCUCCUGCAGGGCUGCCUACGCCCCAACGUGGCCGUCUGUGCCCGGGCGGUCAACAUCCUGCACUGCCUGCACGAGCUGCAGCACACGGAGCUGGCCUGCAGCGUGGAGGAGGCCAUGGAGAGCGGGCGCCUGGCAGGGCUGACCAGCCCCCAGCACCGCGCCGCCCUGGCCUAUCUCCUGCAGGUGUCGGAUGCCUGCGCCCGGGAGGCCAACCUGUCACUGCACCUCAGCAAGGGUGUCCUCCAGAGCCUGCUGCCCCAGCUGCUGUACUGCCGGAGCCUGAGGCUGGACAACAACCAGUUCCAGGACCCCGUGAUGGAACUGCUGGGCAGUGUGCUGAGUGGGAAGGACUGUCGCAUUCAAAGGAUCAGCUUGGCUGAGAACCAGAUCAGUAACAAAGGGGCCAAAGCUCUGGCCAGAUCUCUCCUGGUCAACAGAAGUCUGACUGCUCUGGACCUCCGCAGUAACUCCAUUGGACCUCAAGGGGCAAAGGCUUUGGCAGAUGCUCUGAAGAUUAACCGCACUCUGGCUUUUCUGAGCCUCCAGAGCAACUCAAUCAGGGAUGAUGGUGCCAGGUCCAUGGCUGAGGCCUUGGCUGCCAACCGGACCCUCUCUGUGCUGCACCUACAGAAGAAUACCAUCGGGCCUGUGGGAGCCCAGCAGAUGGCAGAUACCCUGAAACAGAACAGGAGUCUGAAGGAGCUCAUAUUCUCCAGUAACAGCAUUGGCGACGGAGGGGCCGGGGCCCUGGCUAAGGCCCUGAAGGUGAACCAGGGCCUGGAGAGCCUAGACCUGCAGAGCAAUUCCAUCAGUGAUGCAGGGGUGGCGGCACUGAUGGGGGCCCUUUGUGCCAACAAGACCCUCAUCAGCCUCAACCUGCGAGAAAACUCCAUCAGCUCAGAGGGAGCCCGGGAACUGGCUCGAGCUCUCUGCAUCAACAGCACCCUGAAGAACCUGGAGUACCCUGACAGCCAACCUCCUCCACGACCAGGGUGCCCAGGCCAUCGCGGUGGCAAUGAGAGAAAACCAGGCCCUCACAUCCCUUCACCUGCAGUGGAAUUUCAUCCAGGCCGGUGCUGCCAAGGCCCUGGGACAAGCACUGCAGCUCAACAGGAGCCUGACCAGCCUCGAGAGAACGCCAUCGGGGAUGAAGGCGCCUCUGCAGUGGCCAACGCACUCAAGGCCAACACGGCCCUCACUGCGCUCUAUCUGCAGGUGGCCUCCAUUGGCUCCCGGGGGGCCCAGGCGCUAGGGGACGCCCUGGCUGUGAACAGAACCUUGGAGAUUCUCGACUUACGAGGAAAUGCCAUCGGGUUGGCCGGAGCCAAAGCCUUGGCAAAUGCUCUGAAGGUGAACUCAAGUCUCCGAAGACUCAAUCUUCAAGAGAAUUCCUUGGGGAUGGACGGGGCAAUAUUCGUUGCCACUGCACUGUCUGGAAACCAUGGCCUCCAGCAUAUCAAUCUCCAGGGAAAUCACAUUGGGGAAUCUGGUGCCAGGAUGAUCUCAGACACUAUCAGGACAAAUGCUCCUUCGUGCACUGUUGAAAUGUGAGCAAAACAAGUUCCUGGUGGACCUGGUGGGAGGACAGACGGAGCAACAACUGGAAGCUUCUGAACGGAAAGACCAUUUUCCAGGGUUCCUUCCUGUGGUCUGGGAAUGAUGCUGACCCACACAAAAGCUGGUCUCCUAAAAGGAGGCAGGAAAGGUGCUGCCAAAGAGGUCAGGAGCACCUGUCCUGGACCCGGGUCAGUCCAGGCAGGGGUGAGAUGGAUUCUCUGCUACGACGCAGAGAAGGGAAGGUCUCCAUCAAGGACACAGGCCUUAAAGCUCAGCAUGUACGAAGCCGGUGUGAGCUUAUUUAUACACGGAGGUCUUCAUGUGCCCCUAACUUUUAUUAUUAUUGCCCUUCUCCACUGGUUAAAAUCAUCCCCCUCACUUUGAAAUGAGCUGCCAUCUUCAAGCCUAUAUAGAGGAUCAAUUUGGCAUUGGUGACAGAAGGGACCUCUUUUCUCAAGAAGACUAGAAGGUCUUAGCAGUAUAAUCCUUAGAGACACAUGGAAAAAUUAUGAGAAUUUUUUGAAGAGAAAUGAAGGAUUUAAUGACAGGAUUCUGGAGACAAAAAAAGUUGUCCAACGUUCUUGCCAUCUUUUAUCCAUUACAAAAUCUCUCAAAGGCACGGAUUAUGUCUGGCAUAUGUUACGUGGGGUCUGGCACACUGGUUAUCAACAGCAUGUUAAAUGUGGAUGUCCUAAUAAUGUGCUUCUACAUUGGGCUUCCAAAACCACUGCUGUGCCUGCAGCUUCUCCGUGAAGGUGAGCAAGCUGAGCCUCCAUGUGGUACAGGUUCCCUUGGGUGUCUGUCUGUGAUGAAGGGAAAAAGAUCCUAAGGGACACCACAGCUGUCAUCCACUAAAUAACCAAGGAAAAUGCUUAUGAAGACUAUAAUUAUCAUUUUAAAGUUUGAACAGGAAGCAUUUUUGUUCCAAACAUGCCUUUAAAAAUGAAUAUUCAGGCAAGAAUCCUCGAUGGAUGCUAAACCAUGGAUGAAACUCUAUCGAGGAAGAAGAUAGCCACCCAGACUCAAAAUCUCACCCCACAAGGGAUAGUUACGAAGGGGAAAAAAGGUAUCUUUAAAGAUGGACAAUUUUGCAUAUACUUUCUUAACAAAGUAAUUAAACUUAACAUCACCAAUAAUGGGACGGAUGGACAUAAUGUGCCCCUGAUGUGAUGAACUGAGGACACACCGUGUCAAAAAUACUGAUUUGAAUCUGAUCAAGAAGGAAAAAUUGGACAAAAUCCAAAUCAAGCGGCAUUCUGCAAAAAAAUAAAAAUUAGCCUAACCUCUUCAAAAAUGUCAAUGUCAUGAAAAAUACAAAAGGCUGCAGACUAUUUUAAAUUGUAGAUUACAGAGACCUAACUACUUAAUGCAAGAUCUCUGAUUGGAUCCUCAACUGAAGAAAAACAAUCAGCUAUAAAGAAAGUAUUUGGAAAUGGGGGACAUCUGAACGUGGGUCUUGUGUCGUAUUUAUUUGGAUUGCUGGGUUUUUAAAGCUUUUUGUUUUUGCUGGGUAUGGAAUUUUAGGCUGGUGUUUGGCUCUUGGUACUUUCAAGAUACCACUAUCCUGUCCUCUGGUUUGUGCAGUGUCUGGCAGUGUCUGGCAGUGUCCACCUAGUUGUGACCUUGACGGAACAAAGAGUUGCAGUAGCCAAAUGGUGGAGAAAGCGGUGCCUUGCAGGAAUCCAGCACCAGAGAAACCUCAGGGGCCAUGAGAAAAAUCAUGCUCUUUGGGGACUUGAAGAGCAAGCCACACCAGAGAGGGAAGGAGAGCCCCUUCCUUCUCCAAAGUCUCCACAGCAGCCUAUUGCCAAGGCCCACACUCUUGCGAGCCGGCAAAGCGGAGAGGCUUUACAAGGACUAGCUCUACCCCCGUAGGGCAGGCCGGAGGGAGAGCACAGCUGAGGCAAUAAACCCACCGGCGCAGCAGGACUUCUCGUCUUUUCAGUUUGAGCAGUUCCCCUUGCUGUGUCUUCACAGUCAGCAUACUGUCCACUUCUGUGGUGCCUCAAACCACAGUGUGUGUUUGCACGGUCUUUGUUGCGCUUCUUUAAUCUCUAGAAGUUCUGAGAUUUAGGUCUUCCUUCUCUCUUCUUAAUAUGCUCAUGCCUCCCUCCACCACCUCAGUAUAGGGAUGAGAGUUAAAAACUAUCCAAAUGUCCUUUUUUACUAAGUCUAUCAACUGUCAUUUCUGGGUCAUUUCUUGAUUUUUCUCAUUACGGUAAUUUUUGAUUGGAUACCAGAUACUGGGAAUUUUAUCUUGUUUGGCUUAGAUUAUUUUUAUAUUCCUUGCAAUUCUUGAGCUUUAUCCUGGGACACAUGCCUUAGAAACAACUGGAUCUUUUCAAAGCUUGCUAUUUUAAGUUUUGUUAGCCAGGAUCAACCAUCCUUAUUUGAGGGCUACUGUGGCCCAACUUCUGAGGCAAUGUCUCCAUAUUCUGGGUACUCUACCUGAUGCCCAAGUCAACAAACUGUUUUGGGGCCUUAUCUACAGCAGACACUAUAGAAAUCUAGGUGUAAAAGAUUGUCACAUCAACCAAAGCCAGCUUACCCUAAAUGGUAGCAUCAGGGGGCGCCUGGGUGGCUCAGUUGGUUAAGCGGCUGCCUUCAGCUCAGGUCAUGAUCUCAGGGUCCUGGGAUCGAGCCCCAUGUCA